AUGGAUCAAUCAUAUCAGUUUUAUUCUUUUAUGUUAUCGACAACAAUACUUUUCACAGAUAUAAGGGCACAGGAAUAUUUUUUACAUAAUUGGUUUGAUGCUCAGGAGCAUUGUUUCGGUCAGGGAUUGACGAUAGAGGAAAACAAAAGUAACCAACCAUAUUGGACAGGGUUUUAUCACAGACUGAGUCCCUGGAUAAAUAUUUUAGGAUGCUAUUCAGAUUCCGUUGAACAACUACCAACUGUUGUUAGAAAGACUAUGAUCAUAAGUUCUGUUGGAAUGUGUCAAGAAUUAUGUAGUUAUGAAAAUUAUAACAAGUUUGCUGUAAAGAUGAAUAACUGUUUGUGCAUUAAGAACGACGUCCCUGUUAACCGUAUUAAUAAAAUAUCAUCUGAUGAUUGCCAUUAUACAUGUGGAGACUCCGAUGCUAUCUAUUCAAGAGAAUGUGGUGGUGAAAGCGCCUACAAUUUAUUUGAAAUUCAAGGAGUGAAGUUCAACUCAUUGGACACAUGUCUGAGUUUACAAUGCUCAAAUUUUCCCCGACGAUUUAUUCCUAAAAAUUGUUCAGAAAAUUUAGAAAGAAUGUGUGAACAUUCGGAAAUACCAGAUAAUGGGUAUGCCAGUAGUUGGAGUAGUUCUAUGGAGCAAUGUAAAAAUUCAGCUACUCCUUAUUAUCUGUUAGGUGACAUCCGACUAAAUUACCCACACGUUGCCUGCAUUCUUUUGAACAAAUUCCACGUAUUUUGGGUGGGUGCCGCGCGACAAGUUUACACAAGCAUUGAUCAAGGAUUGGAAAUACUGGAAGAUCAAAGUGAUACAUUUCUGGAGUGUCAAAUGUGUACAGAGAAGAUCUGUCGUUUUAGGCGUUGUUCUGAUUUAUUAAACAGUUCUAUUUAUUGUAACAGUACUAAUAAUUUCCAUAGUCAAAUAACGGGACACUUAACAACGUCACAAGGACGGUUUUCUGCUUCAACCUUUAUGUCAAAUCAUUUAACAUCAGAGGAACUGUUUGCCUCAACUGCUUCAACUAGAUAUUCCGCAACAGACCCGUCACCAUCAACUCAUUACACGCAACAAAUGUCAAGUGCCAGUGACCAAUUAGCUUUGAAAGUAUCGUUACCAGUCAUCAUGAUUAUCAUUAUUGUACCGUUAUGUGCAUUGGCAGUAGUGUUUUAUUUAAGAAGGAGAAAAAUGACACAAGCUGAUAGGACUACAAAAACGCAUAUGGAAUCAGGCCCCAAGGAAAACACCGAUUCCAAUGUAGAUAGUGUCCAGAAUAACUCCUAUUUUGUAUUAGAACAAUGUCCUCAGAAUAUAUCUAAAGGAAACGAUUCAUCGAAUGAGAGUCCCUACAACAAUUCAGAAGAGGGUGUUUAUGACCACCUAAGGGACAACAAAUCACGGAAGCCAGAAGUGGAAGAUACCUAUCAGCAUGCAUCAUUGGGUGUGUCUAGAGAUAUGUCUGAAUAUGAUACCAUGGCGAAUACAGUUAACAAAAAACAGGAAGAAUGUGGUUUUAAUGACUAUUCACAUCAGAAUUCAAACGGAAAUUAUACGUGUGAUUUACGUGCCAAAAACAAUUUGACCGAUAACCCGUACGAUGUUGCUGUUUGAAAUGUUUGAUUGUCAAAC